AUGACAUCGUUGGAUUUGAGACAGCAAAAACUCGAGCAACAGAGACAACUUAUAGCUCAGAAACAAAAACAAAAAAGGCAAACUGGUGCUGGAGGAAUGGUGCAGGCUUCUAAUAUUUCUAGUGCACAACGUAACAGUCGCUCAGCAGCCUGGCAACAUGAAGUCCAUGGAUAUGACGGAACUUUACAAUACAAUAUGUUUCCAGGUACUCCUGAUUCUAGUACACUUCCUGAAAAUAGGACAAUGGAGUCUGAGUUAAUGACAGAUAUGAGCACUGAAGGAAUUUUUUAUGAUGGAGCUGAUGAGGAAUCUUCACCAGUCAUUCAAUCACCUACUGAAACUUUAGCGUGUGCAUCUCCUCUAAGAGUAGCUCCAUCGGAUGGGCCUCUGACAGUUAUCAAUAGAGAUAAUCAUAGUCCUGAACUUGAAGGUAAUGUUGAAGGUAAUCUUGAACAAUUUGUACUACAACCAGCCAACAAAAAAAUGCAUUACAAAUGCAGAAUAACACGCGAUAGAAAGGGAAUGGAUAGAGGAUUUUAUCCAACUUAUUUUUUACAUUUAGAAAGAGAUUAUGGUAAAAAGAUAUUCCUUCUGGCUGGACGUAAAAGAAAACGCAGUAAAACAAGUAAUUAUUUAAUAUCCACUGAUCCAACUGAUUUAUCAAGAGGUGGUGAAGCAUUCAUAGGCAAAUUGAGAUCGAAUCUUUUGGGAACACAAUUUACGAUAUACGAUAGUGGAUAUUCUCAGUUGAAAGACGAUAAAAGAGAAGAACGAAGAUCUCAUCCUCGGCAAGAAUUAGCCGCUGUAGUUUAUGAAACAAAUGUAUUGGGAUUCAAAGGUCCUCGAAAAAUGACCGUUAUCAUACCGGGAAUGACCCCCGAUGAGCGAAGAGUUGAAAUUUGCCCGCGAGAUGAAUCUGAAACGUUACUAGAACGAUGGAAAGCAAAGAAUAUGGAUAAUCUUAUUGAAUUGCAUAAUAAAACUCCAGUAUGGAAUGAUGACACUCAAUCAUAUGUAUUAAAUUUUCACGGCAGAGUAACGCAGGCAUCGGUGAAAAAUUUUCAAGUAGUUCACGAAACUGAUGUGGACUAUGUAGUCAUGCAAUUUGGUAGAGUCGCCGAGGAUGUAUUCACGAUGGAUUAUCGAUUCCCGUUGUGCGCUUUGCAAGCUUUUGCCAUAGCUUUGAGUAGUUUUGACAGUAAGCUUGCCUGCGAAUAAUAAGAUGUAACUAAAAUAUCGACAGCUCAUAAAAAGGUAAGCCUGUUACUCUUGAUUAUGUAUGUACGCCAAUACAUAAAGGGUUGUAGAUACAUCAAAACAUUGUAAAAGCAAAUCAUUCAGAACAAUGAACUGACAAUCUAAUAGUGCGUUUACCUGCUCGUUCAAUAAUCGAUGUUCGACUUUGUAUGUAGCAACAGUAAAUAACUCAUGCUGUAUGUUUCUCUCAACUAUGAAAACUUUUACUGAUAAACUUUUUUUUUCAUAUUAAUUUGCACAAAUGAAAAAAUGUGGUUGUGAAUUUAAUUUCAUUGUUGAG